GGUCCACUCCACGCAAUAUUCGUCUUCAGCCCCCAAGAGAUUCUGUCCGUGGCUGAAUUUUAUUUUUUUAUUAUUCCACAUUUUUGUCUGCACACUUACAUGAUUAUAUGUUUAAUAUUUGCCCAGUUGAGGUAAGGUUGGAUUUGCUACCUAAUCAAACUUGGAAAAUCCCAACAACCUCAAAUCCUCAUCCUGCACUUCCAUCAUUUACCUAGUACACCUCCCUGGUUUUUGUUUCUUUCCAAUGAUUUCCAUAUUGUCUUCAGAAAAAUCACAAUUGAAACAGGGCUGGGGGUGAGCAGAGAACUCACCCCUUAACAUUUUUCACCUCUGGGGUUUCCACUUUCCCCUUUUUUGUUGAUGGGUUCAUCUAAAAAUCCAUUCUUUAAUGUGUGUGUGUAAUUUGAGUAGUGGUCAAGUUUUGUUCUUCAACAUUGGAGGUCUUUCUGGGGUGUUGUUUGAAAGAUCUUGGGGAGACCCACUGAUUGUAUUGUGUGGUUUAGUGGAACCAAUUGGUGUUCGAAAGCUGGUGUUUUUUGACUCCUUUUUGAGGAGGUUGUAGGAAUAUUGUCUACCACUAUCAAUAGAAGUGUUCAAUACUGUUGGUACAUAGAAAAAAAGUUAUGAUGUUUGCUUAGUUAUUGGCUAAUUGGCUAAUUGGCUUAUUGCCAUUGCUUGUUCUUCCAAGGUUGGUGGCCUAACUUUUAUUUGAUGCCUAACUUUAGUCUUGCCAUUUUCAAAUGUUUUUCUUCUUGAUUACUUCCUUUACUUUCAUCACCCUUUUGUACAAGUCUUUGGCUUUCAAGCUAGUUCCCACAUGGGGUUCUGAAUUUAGAUUGAUAUCGUUCCGCCUUUGGAAAGAUUUGUCUCUCCUAGCCUUGAUUAGGAAGAAUACACGGGUGUUAGAUUUGAUUCCUUUAAGAAUGUUGCCGCUGAGGAGUAAACCUAGUGGCUGCUCUCACGUUGAGACGGUGUCCCAAAUGUCAGUCCUAGAUUUGCCUGAUUUGGCGUUAGAGUGCAUUCUUGAAAAGGUCCCUCCCGAGGGGCUUUGCCACCUGGCUAGCGUGUGUAGCUCGUUGAGGGAGAGAUGCAUGAGUGACCAUCUAUGGGAGAGGCACUUGAAGCAGAAAUGGGGCGGGAUUAUCGGUCCUGCUGCCUACAGGGAAUGGCAGUGGCAUAUUGCCUUGAGAAAGGAUUCGAGAUUGUUUAACCAAGCCAAGCAGAAAGGCUUGGUGAGUUAUCUCUCCCGGUUGUGGCCUGUUUCUGUGAUUGUCGGCCCGAAUUUGGGCGCUGGUGACAAGGGGAAUAAUUUGCCCCCUAUUGAUUCCGUCAUGUACUGGUAUCUUGCUCUCGAAUCUGGCAAGUUUUGGUUCCCCGCUCAAGUCUACAACCGAGAGAAUGGUCACGUUGGGUUUAUGUUAUCUUGCUAUGAUGCUGAACUUAGCUAUGAUCCCCGGACCGACACUUUCCAUGCUAGAUAUCCACCUCAUGGUAGGAUGGCAGUUGCAAUCGAGACUGGCGUGACAUGGGAUAGACUAAGAGCUCCUCUCGUUGAUACCCCUGCACACGAUCUUCACAUCUCGGAUUGCUUGUAUGAUUUGCGCCCUGGAGAUCAUAUUGAGAUCCAAUGGAGAAGAAACAAAAAAUUUCCUUAUGGCUGGUGGUAUGGUGUUGUUGGCCACUUGGAAACAUGUGAUGGGAAUCAGAAUUAUUGUCGUUGUCACGAAUGUGAUACUGUAGUGCUCGAGUUCAAUCAGUAUUCACCUGGUUCGCGGUGGAGAAGAACGAGUGUUAGAAGAAAAGACCAUCGUGAGGAAGGAAACGAGACAGAUGGGUUCUACGGAGGAAUCCAGAAAGUUGAGAGCAGAGAAGUAAUCUCUACGUGGAAGCGGCUAUGGCCUGCUGAAGUCCUGGAAUAGAUUGCCAGAACAGGCACACUUGAAAUAGCAGUUUUUAGGGGAAGAAUUGAAGAAAUCCAAUGAAGUCUACAUUUUCAUGAGGUUAUUCUUUUUAGUGGUCAGUGGGUAAAACCGUAAAAACUGUUUACCUUUGUAGGGGGUGUUUGACACUGUAAUUCUGUAAAUUGCAUCCUGUCCAGAUCCAAAUUCAUGGACUGUAAUUUCCACGGUGCACUGCAUUUGUUCAGUUAAUCUUAUUGAACUAAAGCAAUAGAUUUUAAAAUUGUUCUGAGCUUUA